AUGGGAGAUUUCAAUGCUCGAGUUGGUUUGCAAGAGUCUCAGACGGCCGGUGACGUAAUUGUAAAGCACACAAUUGAUCAACAAAACGAGAAUGGUCAACUUUUAGUCGACUGUUGCUUUGUAAAAAAUUGUACAAGUGUGCACGAUGUUAGGGCUCAUCGAGGAGCAGCCGGAGCUAUUGGAACAGAUUAUCACCUCCUCCGAGCUAAGAUUCCUAUUCCAGUCAUUGAUAAAGCUGAGGAGACAAGACAAGAUACACCACCGUCCUGUCCUGAAGUUGUGCAAUCAAAUAGAUGA